AUGAAGUGUUUUAUCAUUUGUGCCGUCAUUGCCUGUUCCCUUGCCCUUGCCGUAAGAGCAGAUAAUGAUCAAGUGGCUGCCGCCUCGGAAAAUUCUGCAUCAGAUCAACUAACCGCCUCGGCCAGCACUUUGAAUCCCUAUUCGGAAAAACAUCAAGGCAAACGUUAUGUGGGUGGCUAUAGCGGUCUUGGAGGUUAUGGUGGUUAUAAUGCCUUAGAUACGACAACAUUGGGUUAUGGUGCCGGUGCCCUUGGUGGUGUUGGUGCCUAUACGGGAGCCUUGGGAGCGGCUGGUUAUGGUGCUGGAUAUGGUGGCUAUGGUGCUGGUUAUGCCGGUUAUGGUGGCUACAAUUCCCGAUUGGGUUUGGAAGGCUAUGCCGGUUAUCCUGGCUAUACUGGCGCUGGCUAUUACCCCGGUGCCACAUAUCCCUAUGGCAGUGCCUACUACAACAGCUAUCGUGCCGGUGGUGCCUAUCCUUAUGGUCGUGGUACUUAUGGUUAUAACAGCUACCCAUCCAGCUAUUAUUCUGGCGGUUAUGGCAGCAGCAUUGUUGGGGGUGGUUUGGGUGCUUUGGGUACCCCGGGUUAUGUUCCCCCUGUGGCUGGUGCUGGUUAUAACUAUGGUCCCGGUAUUACCGGUACUGUUUAUUGA